AUGGCACUUGAUAGCACGCGACAAGAAGCAGCCGAUGAUGGAGGCUGCAAGUCAAGAACUCGUCAGAUCAGCACUAUCUGCAGCAACGACGAAAAACUUGAGGAAAACUACGACAUUGACGAUGGCGACGUUUGUCUUCCUUCGAUUAAGGAAGUGCUGCAGUAUACUACGCCAAAGAAGAACGAUCCUAUGCUAGGAGAUUCAAGCCUAGAUAACACAAUUCAAGAAGAUAAAGGGAUGGGUUUGGGCGAAACAGACGAACUUUCAUCGGAAGAGGAUAGCCUGGAUCCAAUUUCAUACAAGAGGAGCUCGACGGAAAGAGACCAAAGUAGCUUGGGGACCCAAGACAGCCCGUUCAUUCUCGACGAUGACGAACCAGAAGCUCCUAAUCUUCAAACCACUUCCGUUUCCACCUCGGUCAAUCUCUCCAACUACGAAGAAUGGUGGGAUGUCGAAAAAGGCUGCUUCGUGGCUGCAGAUCCUCCGCUCGAGCAGGAUGCCUUGGCCCCUACACCUACCCAAGACCAACCUGGCUCUCACCAGCACUUUUCUGGAACAUUGUGGGAUCAGGCCGAGCUACCUGACAACGAUGAAGCCGAGCAGUGCGUAUCAGUGGAGCCAGUAUCGCAAUCUCUACCUACACCAUUAGGUGAGAAUGACGGAGAGAGGAAGAACAAGAAUAUCUCUGAACAUGCAGCGGACUUAAGUCUACUUUUGAACAAGCAAAAAAGUGUAUCGGCUACCGUUCUUGGUCCUAUAUAUGAUGAUCGCGGCUCUACUGAGCCCUUGCAGCCUGAUAAUGAACUAGGACUUAACCAGAGCGAAACUGGUUAUGGCAGAUCUAAGGAGCUCGGCCAUAGUUCUCCACCUCACCAUCGAGAUCACGACGAAGACCAGCCAGAGGAGCGACAAGAUGAAGAGACAAUGGUAUAA